CCCCGGCAGAACCCGGCGCCCAGCCCAGCCUGGGGGAGCUCUCAGCCUCCGACGUCACCCACGACUCCGUCCUGCUCUCCUGGACCGUCCCGGCCGGGGACUUCGACUCCUUCCUCCUCCAGUACAAGGACGCGGAGGGCCAGCCCCAGGCGCUGCCCGUGGACGGAGGAUCCCGCACGGUCACUGUCCCCAACCUGGCGCCUUCCCGCCGGUACAAGUUCAACCUCUACGGCGUGUCCGGCCGCAAGCGCCUGGGCCCCCUCUCCACCGACGCCACCACAGCCGCGGAGCCGCAGGAGGCAAAACCUGCCCCUGAGCCCAGCCUGGGGGAUCUCUCGGCCUCCGACGUCACCCACGAGUCCGUCCUGCUCUCCUGGACUGUCCCGGCCGGGGACUUCGACUCCUUCCUCCUCCAGUACAAGGACGCGGAGGGCCAGCCCCAGGCGCUGCCCGUGGACGGAGGAUCCCGCACGGUCACCGUCCCCAACCUGGCGCCUUCCCGCCGGUACAAGUUCAACCUCUACGGCGUGUCCGGCCGCAAGCGCCUGGGCCCCCUCUCCACCGACGCCACCACAGGUCAGCGGCUGCCCCCGGGACUCCGCACCGCGGGAGGCACCCGCCCCACCCCCCAACCAAGCCUGGGGGAGCUCUCAGCCUCCGACGUCACCCACGACUCCGUCCUGCUCUCCUGGACCGUCCCGGCCGGGGACUUCGACUCCUUCCUCCUCCAGUACAAGGACGCGGAGGGCCGGCCCCAGGCGCUGCCCAUGGAUGGAGGAUCCCGCACGGUCACCGUCCCCAACCUGGCGCCUUCCCGCCGGUACAAGUUCAACCUCUACGGCGUGUCCGGCCGCAAGCGCCUGGGCCCCGUCUCCACCGACGCCACCACAGUCGACUCCUUCCUCCUCCAGUACAAGGACGCGGAGGGCCAGCCCCAGGCGCUGCCCGUGGACGGAGGAUCCCGCACGGUCACCGUCCCCAACCUGGCGCCUUCCCGCCGGUACAAGUUCAACCUCUACGGCGUGUCCGGCCGCAAGCGCCUGGGCCCCCUCUCCACCGACGCCACCACAGCUGCGGCACCACAGGAGGAACCCAGCCCCCAGCCCAGCCUGGGGGAGCUCUCGGCCUCCGACAUCACCCACGACUCCGUCCUGCUCUCCUGGACCAUCGACAAGGGGACCUUCGACUCCUUCCUCCUCCAGUACAAGGACGCGGAGGGCCAGCCCCAGGCGCUGCCCGUGGACGGAGGAUCCCGCACGGUCACCGUCCCCAACCUGGCGCCUUCCCGCCGGUACAAGUUCAACCUCUACGGCGUGUCCGGCCGCAAGCGCCUGGGCCCCCUCUCCACCGACGCCACCACAGGUCAGCGGCGGGAGCCCAGCCUGGGGGAGCUCUCGGCCUCUGAUAUCACCCACGACUCCGUCCUGCUCUCCUGGACCGUCCCAGCUGGGGACUUCGACUCCUUCCUCCUCCAGUACAAGGACGCGGAGGGCCAGCCCCAGGCGCUGCCCGUGGACGGAGGAUCCCGCACGGUCACCGUCCCCAACCUGGCGCCUUCCCGCCGGUACAAGUUCAACCUCUACGGCGUGUCCGGCCGCAAGCGCCUGGGCCCCCUCUCCACCGACGCCACCACAGCACCACAGACGGAGCAACCUGCCCCCCAGCCCAGCCUGGGGGAGCUCUCGGCCUCCGACAUCACCCACGACUCCGUCCUGCUCUCCUGGACCGUCCCGGCCGGGGACUUCGACUCCUUCCUCCUCCAGUACAAGGACGCAGAGGGCCAGCCCCAGGCGCUGCGCGUGGACGGGGCAUCCCGCACGGUCACCAUCCCCAACCUGGCGCCUUCCCACCGAUACAAGUGGAGCUGUGGGAUGUCCCCAGCGCCCCGGGAGCCCAGCCUGGGGGAGCUCUCGGCCUCUGACGUCACCCACGACUCCGUCCUGCUCUCCUGGACCGUCCCGGCCGGGGACUUCGACUCCUUCCUCCUCCAGUACAAGGACGCGGAGGGCAAGCCCCAGGCGCUGCCCGUGGACGGAGGAUCCCGCACGGUCACCGUCCCCAACCUGGCGCCUUCCCGCCGGUACAAGUUCAACCUCUACGGCGUGUCCGGCCGCAAGCGCCUGGGCCCCCUCUCCACCGACGCCACCACAGCCGCGGAGCCACAGGAGGAACCCACCCCCCAUCCCAGCCUGGGGGAGCUCUCAGCCUCCGACGUCACCCACGACUCCGUCCUGCUCUCCUGGACCGUCCCGGCCGGGGACUUCGACUCCUUCCUCCUCCAGUACAAGGACGCGGAGGGCCAGCCCCAGGCGCUGCGCGUGGACGGGGCAUCCCGCACGGUCACUGUCCCCAACCUGGCGCCUUCCCGUCGAUACAAGUUCAACCUCUACGGCGUGUCCGGCCGCAAGCGCCUGGGCCCCCUCUCCACCGACGCCACCACAGCCACGGCGCCACAGGAGGAAGUCAGGACGCAGCUGCGCCUGGGGAAGCUCUCAGCAGCCAACGCAGCCCACGACUCCCUCGACCUUUCCUGGACUGUGGAGGAAGGGACCUUCGACUCCUUCAUCGUCCAAUACCGCGACGCAGAUGGCAACCCCCGGGCCCUGCCCGUAGAUGGCGCCCUGCGCUCCCUCCACCUCCACGACCUGGCGCCUUCCCACCGAUACAAGAUCAACCUCUACGGCGUGUCUGGCCGCAAGCGCCUGGGCCCCGUCUCCACCAACGCCACCACAGCCGCGGAGCCGCAGGGGGCAAAACCCACCCUGGAGCCCAGCCUGGGGGAGCUCUCGGCCUCUGACGUCACCCACGACUCCGUCCUGCUCUCCUGGACCGUCCCGGCCGGGGACUUCGACUCCUUCCUCCUCCAGUACAAGGACGCGGAGGGCCAGCCCCAGGCGCUGCGCGUGGACGGGGCAUCCCGCACGGUCACCGUCCCCAACCUGGCGCCUUCCCCCCUGCCCGUAGAUGGCGCCCUGCGCUCCCUCCACCUCCACGACCUGGCGCCUUCCCACCGAUACAAGAUCAACCUCUACGGCGUGUCUGGCCGCAAGCGCCUGGGCCCCGUCUCCACCAACGCCACCACAGCACCGCGGACGGAGGAACCCCUUCUUCAGAUGACCAGAGUUAUGCUGCCCUCCUCCGACAUCACCCACGACUCCGUCCGGCUCUCCUGGACCAUCGACAAGGGGACCUUUGAUUCUUUCCUCCUCCAGUACAAGGACGCGGAGGGCCAGCCCCAGGCGCUGCCCGUGGACGGGGGAUCCCGCUCGGUCACCGUCCCCAACCUGGCGCCUUCCCGCCGGUACAAGUUCAACCUCUACGGCGUGUCCGGCCGCAAGCGCCUCGGCCCCGUCUCCACCGACGCCACCACAGAGCAGAUGGACGUGACUGGGCACGUCGCCGCCCCCACCCCGGCUGCACCCGUCGUGCGCCGGGGGGCCCCCACGGCCCAGCCCAGCCUGGGGGAUCUCUCGGCCUCUGACGUCACCCACGAGUCUGUCCGGCUCUCCUGGACCGUCCCGGCCGGGGACUUCGACUCCUUCCUCCUCCAGUACAAGGACGCGGAGGGCAAGCCCCAGGCGCUGCCCGUGGACGGAGGAUCCCGCACGGUCACCGUCCCCAACCUGGCGCCUUCCCGCCGGUACAAGUUCAACCUCUACGGCGUGUCCGGCCGCAAGCGCCUGGGCCCCCUCUCCACCGACGCCACCACAGCCACAACACCACAGAAAGAGCAACCUGCCCUCCAACCCAGCCUAGGGGAGCUCUCGGUCUCUGACAUCACCCACGACUCCGUCCUGCUCUCCUGGACCAUCGACAAGGGGACCUUCGACUCCUUCCUCCUCCAGUACAAGGACGCGGAGGGCCAGCCCCAGGCGCUGCCCGUGGACGGAGGAUCCCGCACGGUCACCGUCCCCAACCUGGCGCCUUCCCGCCGGUACAAGUUCAACCUCUACGGCGUGUCCGGCCGCAAGCGCCUGGGCCCCCUCUCCACCGACGCCACCACAGCUGCAGCACGACGGGACGAGGAACCCACCGCCCAGCCCAGCCUGGGGGAGCUCUCGCCCUCCUGGCCAGUCCCAGCUGGGGACUUCGACUCCUUCCUCCUCCAGUACAAGGACGCGGAGGGCCAGCCCCAGGCGCUGCCCGUGGACGGAGGAUCCCGCACGGUCACCGUCCCCAACCUGGCGCCUUCCCGCCGGUACAAGUUCAACCUCUACGGCGUGUCCGGCCGCAAGCGCCUGGGCCCCCUCUCCACCGACGCCACCACAGCCACGGCGCCACAGGAGGAAGUCAGGACGCAGCUGCGCCUGGGGAAGCUCUCAGCAGCCAACGCAGCCCACGACUCCCUCGACCUUUCCUGGACUGUGGAGGAAGGGACCUUCGACUCCUUCAUCGUCCAAUACCGCGACGCAGAUGGCAACCCCCGGGCCCUGCCCGUAGAUGGCGCCCUGCGCUCCCUCCACCUCCACGACCUGGCGCCUUCCCACCGAUACAAGAUCAACCUCUACGGCGUGUCUGGCCGCAAGCGCCUGGGCCCCGUCUCCACCAACGCCACCACAGCCUCAGCACCGCAGGAGGAGGAACCCACCUCCCAACCCAGCCUGGGGGAGCUCUCAGCCUCUAACAUCACCCACGACUCCGUCCUGCUCUCCUGGACUGUCUCAACUGGGGACUUCGACUCCUUCCUCCUCCAGUACAAGGACGCGGAGGGCAACCCCCAGGAGCUGCCUGUGGAGGGGGGAUUCCGCACGGUCACUGUCCCCAACCUGGCGCCUUCCCGCCGAUACAAGUUCAACCUCUACGGCGUGUCCGGCCGCAAGCGCCUCGGCCCUGUCUCCACCGACGCCACCACAGCCGCAGAGGUGCAGGUAGUGUAACACAGCCCCCAGCCCAGCCUGGGGGAGCUCACAGCCUCCAGCAUCACCCACGACUCUGUCCUGCUCUCCUGGACCGUCCCAGCCGGGGACUUCGACUCCUUCCUCCUCCAGUACAAGGACGCGGAGGGCCAGCCCCAGGCGCUGCGCAUGGACGGGGGAUCCCGCACGGUCACCAUCCCCAAUCUUACGCCUUCCGGCCGCAAGCGCCUCGGCCCCGUCUCCACCGACGCCACCACAGCCGCGGAGCCGCAGGAGGCAAAACCUGCCCCUGAGCCCAGCCUGGGGGAUCUCUCGGCCUCGCCCUCCUGGCCAGUCCCAGCUGGGGACUUCGACUCCUUCCUCCUCCAGUACAAGGACGCGGAGGGCCAGCCCCAGGCGCUGCCCGUGGACGGGGGAUCCCGCACGGUCACCGUCCCCAACCUGGCGCCUUCCCGCCGGUACAAGUUCAACCUCUACGGCGUGUCCGGCCGCAAGCGCCUGGGCCCCCUCUCCACCGAUGCCACCACAGCGCCGCAGACAGAAGUACCCACCACCCAGCCCAGCCUGGGGGAGCUCACAGCUUCCAACGUCACCCACGACUCUGUCCUGCUCUCCUGGACCGUCCCGGCCGGGGACUUCGACUCCUUCCUCCUCCAGUACAAGGACGCGGAGACCGCGAAGCCGCAGGAACCAAAACCCGAGCCCCAGCCCAGCCUGGGGGAGCUCUCGGCCUCCGACGUCACCCACGACUCCGUGCUGCUCUCCUGGACCGUCGACAAGGGGACCUUCGACUCCUUCCUCCUCCAGUACAAGGACGCGGAGGGCAAGCCCCAGGCGCUGCCCGUGGACGGAGGAUCCCGCACGGUCACCGUCCCCAACCUGGCGCCUUCCCGCCGGUACAAGUUCAACCUCUACGGCGUGUCCGGCCGCAAGCGCCUGGGCCCCCUCUCCACCGACGCCACCACAGCACCACGAGAAGAACCUGCCCCCCAGCCCAGCCUGGGGGAGCUCUCAGCCUCUGACAUCACCCACGAGUCCGUCCUGCUCUCCUGGACCAUCGACAAGGGGACCUUCGACUCCUUCCUCCUCCAGUACAAGGACGCGGAGGGCCAGCCCCAGGCGCUGCCCGUGGACGGAGGAUCCCGCAUGGUCACCGUCCCCAACCUGGCGCCUUCCCGCCGGUACAAGUUCAACCUCUACGGCGUGUCCGGCCGCAAGCGCCUGGGCCCCCUCUCCACCGACACCGCACCAGAGACAGAGCAACCUGCCCCCCAGCCCAGCCUGGGGGAGCUCUCGGCCUCUGACGUCACCCACAACUCCGUCCUGCUCGCCUGGACCGUCCCAGCCGGGGACUUCGACUCCUUCAUCCUCCAGUAUAAGGACGCGGAGGGCCAGCCCCAGGCGCUGUCCAUGGACGGGGGAACCCGCACGGUCACCGUCCCCAACCUGGCGCCUUCCCACCGGUACAAGUUCAACCUCUACGGUGUGUCCGGCCGCAAGCGCCUGGGCCCAGUGUCUGCUCCUGAAUUACUGUCCGCCGCACAGCAGGAGGAACCCAGCCUGGGCGAGCUCUCGGCCUCUGACAUCACCCACGAGUCCGUCCUGCUCUCCUGGACCGUCCCGGCCGGGGACUUCGACUCCUUCCUCCUCCAGUACAAGGACGCGGAGGGCCAGCCCCAGGCGCUGCCCGUGGACGGAGGAUCCCGCACGGUCACCGUCCCCAACCUGGCGCCUUCCCGCCGGUACAAGUUCAACCUCUACGGCGUGUCCGGCCGCAAGCGCCUCGGCCCCCUCUCCACCGACGCCACCACAGCUGCAGCACGACGGGACGAGGAACCCACCGCCCAGCCCAGCCUGGGGGAGCUCUCGGCCUCCAACGUCACCCACGAGUCCGUCCUGCUCUCCUGGACCGUCCCGGCCGGGGACUUCGACUCCUUCCUCCUCCAGUACAAGGACGCGGAGGGCCAGCCCCAGGCGCUGCCCGUGGACGGAGGAUCCCGCACGGUCACCGUCCCCAACCUGGCACCUUCCCGCCGGUACAAGUUCAACCUCUACGGCGUGUCCGGCCGCAAGCGCCUGGGCCCCCUCUCCACCGACGCCACCACAGGUCAGCGGCUGCAAGCCCCCCCCUUGGCCAUGCCCGGGGUGGGGGGGGGGCCACCCACUGCCCAGCCCAGCCUGGGGGAUCUCUCGGCCUCUGACGUCACCCACGAGUCUGUCCGGCUCUCCUGGACCGUCCCGGCCGGGGACUUCGACUCCUUCCUCCUCCAGUACAAGGACGCGGAGGGCAAGCCCCAGGCGCUGCCCGUGGACGGAGGAUCCCGCACGGUCACCGUCCCCAACCUGGCGCCUUCCCGCCGGUACAAGUUCAACCUCUACGGCGUGUCCGGCCGCAAGCGCCUGGGCCCCCUCUCCACCGACGCCACCACAGGUCAGCGGCUGCUCCCAGGACGCCGGCCCCUUCCCAGGA